CGAGUCCCGGCGGCCCGCGGGGUGAGGGCGAUGCGAGCGUGAAGGCCGCAGGCGGACGGAUCGGCGCCACUAGUUGUUGUCACCCCGCAUGGAGAGCGCAGCUUGUGGGUGAAGGAGCUGCUAUAAGAGCCCGGGGCUCAGGCUCUACCCCGCAUCCCCGCCCGCUGGGCUCAAGGCCGACACCUCCGCAUUGGACAAGAUAGUGGGUUAGAUUCGCACAUUUUCCUCACUGGCGAUCGACCACAUUACCGUUUGAAAAAUGUCUGACGACGAUGAUAUCCCGUUGCCUAAGAAAUCUCGGAUUUACUAUGGAAGCCUGGAAGAGAAGGAGAGAGAGAGGAUCUCCAAAGGAGAAGGAGGAUACCUGGGGAGAGAUGCCAUGAAAUUGGGUGUGGAAGCUGGGCACAUCAACAUAUCCAGUGGUGAAUUCUACGAUGUUGAAGAUCACAUCAGCGAGCGGCAGGCCGAGGUGCUGGCGGAGUUUGAGCGCAGAAAGCGAGCGCGGCAGAUUAACGUUUCUACGGACGAUGCCGAGGUGAAGGCCUGUCUGCGUGCGCUCGGAGAGCCCAUCACGCUAUUCGGUGAAGGACCAGCGGAACGGCGAGAAAGGUUGCGGAAUAUCUUGUCUGUGGUGGGUGCUGAUGCCUUAAAGAAAACCGAGAAGCUGGAAGAUGCAAAGAAAGGCCGACAGGAGCAUCAGCAGACCUGGUAUCAUGAGGGUCCCAGUUCCCUGAAGACUGCUCGUCUCUACAUUGCAAGGUUUUCUCUGCCAAGGGCUUUGAAGCGAUUGGAAGGAGCGAGAGCCAAUAAAGAGACCCCAGACCCUUCCCGAACGGCUCGACAGCAAGAACUUCACAAGGGUUUAAGGGCCCUGAAUAACUUCUGCAGCCAGAUUGGUGAUGACCGUCCCAUUUCCUACUGUCAGUUCAGCCCCAACUCCAAGCUACUGGCCACGGCUUCCUGGAGCGGACUAUGUAAGCUGUGGGAUAUUCCUGACUGUCGCCUUGUACGUACGUUGAGAGGUCACAGCACGAAUGUGGGCGCCAUUGUGUUUCACCCUCAGGCCACCAUCUCACUUAACGAAAAGGACUGUAAUAUGGCAUCGUGUGCAGCUGAUGGCUCGGUGAAGCUCUGGAAUUUGGAAAGUGAUGAGCCUGUAGCCAACAUCGAGGGGCAUACAGUGAGAGUGGCUCGCGUGGCCUGGCAUCCAUCAGGCAGGUUCUUGGGGACCACCUGCUAUGACCACUCCUGGCGACUAUGGGAUCUGGAGGCCCAGGAGGAGAUCCUGCACCAGGAAGGGCACAGCAAGGGUGUCUAUGACAUUGCCUUCCACCGUGAUGGCUCUCUGGUGGGAACGGGUGGCCUGGAUGCCUUUGGACGAUUGUGGGACUUGCGGACGGGUCGGUGCAUCAUGUUCCUGGAGGGACAUUUGAAGGAGAUUUACGGAAUCUGCUUCUCUCCCAAUGGGUAUCAUGCAGCAACCGGGAGUGGAGACAACAGCUGCAAGGUUUGGGACUUACGACAGCGUAAAUGUAUCUACACCAUCCCAGCGCAUCACAACCUACUGUCAGCAGUCCGCUUUCAGCCCACAGAUGGGCAUUAUCUGCUGACCGGUGCCUACGACAACACAGCAAAGAUAUGGAGCCACCCUGGCUGGUCACCGCUCAAAACCAUGGCCGGCCACGAAGGCAAAGUGAUGGGACUGGACAUUUCACCAAACGGCCAUCUGAUUGCCACGUGUUCUUACGACAGGACCUUUAAGCUCUGGACAUCUGAGUAGACCAUAUCGAGCAGAGCACUGACUGUAAGGCAACCCAGAGAGAGAGGGUCAGAUAAUCUCUGUCCAUCAGAUGACCAUACCACUGGACACCAGGUGCCAACUUGUUGCCUUGGUCUGCUGGUCAUACUUUUUAUCAUUCAUUUUUUUGGCUUGUUUUGCUUUUGGACUUUUGCAGUUAAUAAAAAAUGUGGUCAUUUGUAAUUGAUGUCAAUGCGUGGUCCUGUUCCACAAGCCCCUGGAGAACGAGGUGGCACAGUGGCGUAGCAGUACAGCAUCAGAGACCCGGGUUCCAUCCUGACUACGGGAGCUGCCUGUUCACAAUUUGUACCUUCUCCCCAUCGCCAUGUGGGUUUUCUCCCAGAUUUUUGGUUUCCUCUCACACUCCAAAGACGUACAGUUUUGUAGGUUAAUUUGCUUAGUAAAUGUAAAAAUUGUCCCUAGUGUGUGUGUAGGAUAGUGUUAAUGUGCAGGGAUCACUGAUCGGUGCGGACUCGGGCCAAAGGGCCUUGUGUCUCUAAAUUAAACUAAAUUAAACAGGAAUUCCGAAUUAAACCUUGAAUGAUGUCUCCAUUUCCAAAAGUAAUGUUUGUCUUCUGCUCAUUUUCUGCUGAGUGUGUAAAAGUGAUCAAAGCUGAACCCCUGGUUGUGAGCUGUUGAUGUCCAAGGUUACCUGACUUUAAAGGCACCAUGGAUGAGUGUCGGGCUAUUUCUGGAAGUGAAGCAGAACUGCAGUGUUCUGCUUGUCUAGGAAUGCAGAGUAGUAACUCUGGAAUCUUUGAGUAAUGUAAUAACCAUAUGAGUGACCAGCCUCUCCUUUUGAGCAGUGCUUUAUAAUAAAUAUUUUGAUAAAUAA